AUGGCACUACUGGCAAAAAUCGUCUGGCGAAAAGGCCGAAGGCGGGAUGAAUUAAGACAGGAGAUCAAGAGCAAGAAGACACUUUAUACUACUUUACUUUCAGGAGCGUCAAUCAAGGGGGAGGAAGGACCCCUAUUACGAAUGGAUCAGCAGGAAUCUCCUUCCAAGGUCCCCCCCUUUCUUUCCUGGGAAAGAGAAUACGAAAGAACUCUUCAAAAAUCGAUGAAGAAUAGACCGAAGAUAGCCAUAUAUUGGUUCCCGUACAAGAAAACAAGGGACGAGUCUGGGCUAUUAACAUAUAGCGCCUCCUUGCCGAUGCGAAAGCUAUGA